AUGGUCGCCAUCUCCAAGAUCCUUUUCUUCGCUACCAGCGUCUGCGCUUCCGUCCUUCCCCGUGACGCCGCGACUGUCCAGAGCGACUUGAACACCAUCAACGCCGAUGUCAUUGACCUCCGCAACACCGUGAACGGGUACAACGGCGGACUCUUCACUGCUCWCCCCGUCCAGCAGAAGGCCGAGACCCUCGCCAAGGCUAUUGAGAAGGGUACCACCGACGCCAACGCCAGCGCCCCAGUCAGCGAGUCUGAGUCCGCCGCCAUCGUUGCCUACAUCACCGACACCCUUGAGCCAAACAUCGACUCCACCCUCAAGGCUGUCGUCGCCAAGAAGCCCCAGUUCACCGCCGCCGGUGUCCAGGGAAUUGUCAAGAGCGAGAUUGCCAGCCUCCAGACCGACACCAACGACUUCGGAAAGGCUCUCAUCGCCAAGGCUGCCCCUGGCUCCAAGGCUUCCGGCCAGGCUGUCCUCGACAAGAUCAACGGCGAGUUCGACGCUGCCCGCGCCGCUUACAACUAA